GCUCACCAUGCAGCACCUUGGCAAAGAAAACUACAGCUCAGUGUCUGAGUUUAUCCUCCUUGGCUUCUCAAGUGAGCCACAGGUCAGAGUGGCCCUAUUUAUCUUUUUUCUCUUGCUUUACCUCAUCACCCUCCUGGACAAUGGCCUUAUCAUCACCCUGAUCUACCUAGACGCUCGCCUUCACACACCCAUGUACUUCUUUCUCAGUAUUCUCUCUUUGGUAGACAUGAGCUAUGUUACCACCACUGUGCCCCAGAUGUUGGCUAAUAUGGUGUGUCCAAGGAGAACCAUCUCCUGGGUUGCUUGCGUAGCCCAGAUGUUCAUCUUCUUGGUCCUAGGCAUUGCUGAGUGUGUUCUCUAUGCCAUUAUGGCCUACGACAGGUAUGUUGCCAUCUGCUUCCCUCUUCACUACUCCUUACUCAUGAGCCGUCUGGUUUGUGUCAAGAUGGUCACAGUCUGUUGGUCCAUUAGUAUCACUGGGGCUCUGAUCUACACUGUCUUCACCAUGUGUCUGCCCUACUGUGGUCCCUACCAGAUCAACCACUUCUUCUGUGAAGUGCCUGCUGUCCUGAAGUUGGCCUGUGCAGACACAUCCUUCAAUGACCGGUUGGACUUCAUCUUGGGGUUCAUCCUGCUUUUAGUCCCACUGUCCCUCAUCCUGGCCUCCUAUGCCCGCAUUUUUGUCUCCAUCUUAAGAAUACGCUCAUCCCAGGGGAGGCUCAAGUCCUUCUCUACAUGUGCUUCCCACAUAACUGUGGUCACCAUGUUCUACGGGCCAGCCAUGAUCAUGUACAUGAGGCCUGGCUCUUGGUAUGACCCAGAACGGGACAAGAAGCUGGCUCUGUUCUAUAAUGUCGUCUCUGCCUUCCUCAACCCCAUCAUCUACAGCCUCAGGAGCAAUGAUGUAAAGGGGGCUUUUCUAAAAGUGUUGGGAGACAGAGGGACAGCCCGGUGAUC